AUGCUCGAUGACGACAUUAUCGAGAAAUCUUCUAGCGAAUGGUCAAGUCCUAUACUAUUAGUACCUAAAAAGUCUGAAAGCUCACAGAAAUGGCGUUUAGUAAUCGAUUUCCGUAAAUUAAAUGAAAACAUUGUAGAUGAUAAAUUUCCGUUACCCAACAUAACAGACAUCUUAGACUCACUAUCUGGUUCAAUUUACUUUACUCAUCUAGAUUUACAACAAGGAUACUACCAAGUAAAAUUAGCACCUGAAAGCAGAAAGUACACAGCUUUUUCAACUAGUACAGGACAUUACCAAUUAAAACGUUUACCGAUGGGUCUUAAAACUUCCUGUAGUGCUUUCAGUAGGGUCAUGUCAAUAGCAAUGUUAGGACGAGCGUUUGAGAAGUGUUUCAUUUAUUUAGAUGACCUUAUUACGUUUGGAAGGUCUUUAGCUACUCAUAACCAAAAUUUAAUAGACGUUUUUGAAAGAUUGAGGAAGGUAAAUUUAAAACUAAAUCCCGCUAAGUGUCAAUUUCUAAAAAAGAAAAUUUUAUAUCUUUGUCAUGUAGUAACCGCUGAUGGUAUAGCACCUGACCUAGAAAAAACUAAAGUUCUAGAUAAGUUUCCAGUUCCUCAGAAUGCCGAUGAAGUAAGACGCUUUGUUGCUUUUUGCAAUUACUAUAGAAAAUUUGUACCUUCAUUUGCUACCAUAACAAUGCCUUUAAAUAAUUUCCUAAAAAGGGAUGUCCCUUUCAUUUGGAAUUCAGAUUGCGAAAAUGCAUUUAAUUUCUUAAAAAACGCUUUAAUUUCUCCACUAAUAUUAGAAUACCCAGACUUUGGUGAAUCUAGUGAAUUUGUACUGCAAACAGACGCCUCAGACUUGGCUGUAGGAGCUGUGCUGUGUAAUAAAAAUGGAAAGCCUAUAGCUUAUGCUAGUAGACCAUUAAAUAAAGCUGAAAAGAACUAUCCCGUAAUAGAAAAAGAAUUAACAGCAAUAGUGUGGGCAGUUAAAUAUUUUAGACCCUAUUUAUUUGGCAGAACUUUUACUGUCAUGACUGACCACAAACCUUUGAUUUAUUUAUUUGGAAUGAAGGAUCCAUCUAGUAGGUUAAUUAAAUAUCGUUUAAUUCUUGAAGAGUACGAUUUUAAGAUUGUGUAUGUGAAGGGUAAGAAUAAUGUAAUCGCAGAUGCAUUAUCCAGAGUGUGUAUAACAUCAAGUGAACUGAAAUGUAUGAAUGACGAGGUUUUGGCAGUUGUAACGAGACAACAAAAUAAAAAGAUGGAGCAGAAUAGUACGGUAGAACAGACUGCGCUUAAUAAGUACCCUGAUGAGUGGCCUGAUCAACCACGAGUCGUGGAACUAUUAAGACAGCCAUGUGAUUCCGUUUAA